AACUGCGUCCUGCUUUCGUGGGAGUUUGAUGUUUUGUGCGUUGAGUCUCCAGUCCUGUCCACGGCAGUAAAGCUGCGCAGCAGUUCUGACUCACCGCACUCAAACUCGCAGGAAGAAGCAGCGCGAGCUCAGCUGAGCUGUGAGGGCUCGAGCGAGUUGAGCUGACAGAGUUUGUCCGUCGCCGUCAGGAGGAAACAAACUAGGGUGGCUUAAACGUCCUGGACAUGACGACAAAAACCUCCCCUAACCGAAACGAAUAUCUUUAACUCUACUCUGGACCCUGUUCGGUUCCCUUGGAUGGCUUAGCAGGCGAGUUAUGCGCAGUUGAAAAUGAGGGAGCUUCUGUUUUUUCUCCCUCAUCGUUCAGCGAGAGGACAAGAUGGCAGCGCGAGCGCGUCGAGCAUGUAGUGGGUGCGAAUUUAACCCGAACAUGUUCACAAAAGACCCGCAGUCCGACCACAGCUGCUGUCUGUGAAGGUAUGGCCUCACAGGUUACGGUCUGCCCACCAUAUGUUUAUCAACCCCAGACAAGUGCCUUCUGCAGAGCGAAGAAAGUCGAUCCCAGCAGCUGUGUUUACCAUGAGAAGAUAACUCACACUUACGUGGUCGGUGUGAAUCUAGGCAUUGCGCACCCUACGGAUAUUAUACCUUUAUCGAGAAUUGAAGCUUUAACUAGUGAGAAACCCUGUGCCGCACAGGAAGUCUUGAAACAGACUGAAACAGCUCCACGGGAGCUCUUCGGAAGGGCUUCUUUGCCAUACAAACGUCUGGCAUCGGAGAGCGAUCUUCAGUAUUUCUCCAGAGCAAUUGUGGCAGUUGAAGAAGAAAGUGGAGACAGUGGCCAAAACAACCAAAGUAGUAGUAGUAGAAGUAGUGGCGGUGCUCCGGAAGGGGUGGAGAAAAUCGAGAGGAACGGUGGUUUGAAUUCGUUCGACGGAACCCAAAGAUGUGGGUUUAAAUGCAAAGAGGAGGAGAUUGAGAACGGCAGGAGCAUCAUGCAGAUAGUAGAGGAGCAUUCGACUCUACCUGCCAUGUUGCAAACAAAUGUUGGGAGCACGACUGCGGUAGGCGUGGCCCCGCCCGAGCAGAACAGAACCGGGACGGGAGCCGUGAGCGGGACAGUCGACGGCGACUAUCAGUUAGUCCAACACGAAGUGCUAUGCUCCAUGAAGCACACCUACGAAGUGUUGGAGUUCUUGGGCCGUGGUACGUUUGGUCAGGUGGUCAAAUGUUGGAAGCGAGGCACCAAUGAGAUUGUGGCAGUGAAGAUACUGAAGAACCACCCUUCGUACGCCCGCCAGGGCCAGAUCGAGGUGGGCAUCCUGGCCCGACUGAGCGGGGAGAACGCCGAGGAGCAUAACCUGGUGAGGGCUUUCGAGUGCUUCCAGCACAGAAGCCACACCUGUCUGGUGUUUGAAAUGCUGGAGCAGAACCUGUACGACUUCCUCAAGCAGAACAAGUUCAGUCCGUUGCCGCUGAAGGUGAUUAGGCCCAUUCUGCAACAGGUGGCCACGGCGCUGAAGAAGCUCAAGAGCUUGGGCCUAAUCCAUGCCGAUCUUAAACCAGAGAACAUUAUGCUGGUAGAUCCCGUGAGGCAACCCUUCCGUGUGAAAGUGAUUGACUUUGGCUCUGCCAGCCACGUCUCCAAAGCUGUGUGUUCGACGUACCUGCAGUCUCGCUACUACAGGGCUCCGGAGAUCAUCCUGGGCUUACCCUUCUGUGAGGCCAUAGACAUGUGGUCACUGGGCUGCGUCAUCGCUGAGCUCUUCUUGGGCUGGCCGCUUUAUCCAGGAGCGCUGGAGUAUGACCAGAUCCGUUACAUCUCUCAAACUCAAGGGUUGCCAGGAGAGCAGCUUCUGAACGUUGGGACAAAGACGGCCCGGUUCUUCUGCAAGGAGUCUGAUUCCCCUUACACCGCCUGGAGACUGAAGACGACUGAAGAACAUGAGACAGAAACAGGACUGAAGUCCAAGGAGGCGAGGAAGUACAUUUUCAGCUGUCUAGAUGACAUUGGACAUGUGAAUCUAAUGCUCAACAUGGAGGGCUGUGACCAGUUAGCGGAGAAAGCUGACCGGAGAGAAUUCGUGGACUUGCUAAAGAUGAUGCUGAUGAUUGAUGCCGAUCAGAGAAUCGCCCCUUCAGAUGCACUUACCCACCCUUUUGUCACUAUGCAGCACCUGAUGGAUUUCCCCCAUUGCAAUCAUGUUCAGUCUUGUUUCCACAUCAUGAACGUGUGUCACUCAAGAACCAGCAUUUACGAUACUCUCAACCGCAACAAAGCACCCCAACUUAUGAAGCCUGUGACACUUCCAAGUGCUCCAAAUAUCACUGUCGCCUUCAACAAAAUGCCAUCUGUCCACUCCCAGACCCUGGCGCCAUCUGCUCCACCUUUGGUGCAUCCAGGAAUUCCCAUCCAGACAGGAAGUGCCCAGUUUGGGUGUAACGAAACCUUUCAACAAGCGCUCAUUCUUUGCCCUCCUGCUCUUCAAGGAAUCCCUUCAAACCCAAAUCAGCCAGCAGGAUAUUCGGUUAGAAUGGAGAACACUCUUUCUCUGGUGACCCAAGCCCGAGCUAUCCAGCCUUUACCCAUGAGACCCGGAGUUAUAGCACAACAGCCGUGGUCCAACAGAACUACACAGAUCCUGGUGCCAGCUUGGCAGCAGGUCCCGCCACCUGCUACGAGCUUGGCAUCCGAUACAGUUGUUGGACCGCAGAGGCGAGGAGACUGGGGGAAAGUGCGGCCACACAGCAGCCAUUACAGUUCAGUGAUGCCCCAGGCUAUUGUUCCCAAUCAAAUGGCUGUGUCAGCCCAUCAGUCUAUAAACAUUGGCAUUGCUCAUGUGGUCUGGCCUCAGCCUGCGUCUAACAAGAGGAACAAAUCCAGCCAGAACAGGAGUAUGAAUGUCUCUCGCUAUACGGACACCCAGCCCUCAGUGUGUCCAUCACCAAAGAUGGCAGACAGGCUGGUGAGUGCAGAGCCAAGGCCGAGCUCUCCUGACAGAGAGGUGCAGGCCCAGGUGAAACCGGAACUGGAGCAGGUGGAGGAGGAGGGCUGCUGUAAAAUAGCGGUGGCCAAUCAGCAGCGAGAGUCUAUUAUCAGAGAGUCACCCAGCCCGGCGGUUAGCAUCAUUAGCAUAAGCAGCGGCACAGAUGAAGAGGAACAAGCACAGAGGUGCUCCCUUAACAAGUGUAAGGGCAGUCCGGAGUGUGAGGCGUGCACAGGCUCUCUGAACAUGGAGAGAGUGUGUUCCCUCAGCAGUCCUGAUAGCAGUCUGAGCACCAGCUCCUCAGCCUCAGCACAAUCCAGCCCCUCGCCAUGCAAACGGCCCAGCAGUAUAUCGGAAGAUGAUGGUCAUGAAAGUGGGUGUGAAACAGUAGAUGGUUCGCCCCCUUCAGACUCCUCCCUAGGACCUCACGACAGCCCCUUCCCUGAAAGACGCUUCCUGACCAAUCAGAACCAGAACCAGAAACCCCAGGCCAGGCGUGGACACCCCAGCACAGCGCUGAAUAAACCUGCAGUGAGAACCGUGGUGGUGCCACCCAUGAGAGUGCUGAACAAUAACCAUCAUCCAAAUAAUGAGCAGCACACAGCCGGUACAGUCUUAGAAUCCUACUGCCAGUCCAGAGGUCGCGGCGGCCCAGGACGACUGAGCCACUUUUCCACACCCACGUUGCCCCGCCAGCAGAAACUGAACUCUUCUUUCCAGCCACAGCUGCCAGGCUUUGGCCAGGUCCAGCAUUACGGGUCGUGCCACAAGGAGUGGAAUGGCAACUACCGGCAGCCACGCCGGCCGCAGGCCUUCAUUCCACCCACAGUGCACGGCGCCACCUUCCAGCUUCCCCACGGCAGCCCCACACACUCGGCCGGCCACCCGCCACCUCCCGCCCUCCUCUCCUAUCCGCCUUCCGCACCCGUGGCCCACCUCCUGCCUUCGCCGUGCCCACCUCCAGCCCCUCGGCCCAUCUUGCAGCCCGCCUACAGCCUGGUGCACCACCAGGGCAUCAGCGUGGGCAUCAACCACAGGCUUCUGCCCUCCCCCACCCUGCUGCCGCAGGGCCAGUUCAAAGCCCUCUUUCCGCCGCACUCCUAUGUGGCGUCACCCGUCUACGCAGGCUUCCCCCUCAGCCCCAGCAAACUCAGUCAGUACCCUUACAUCUGAGCUGGAGCCCGCGGCAGCCGUGUGCACGCAGCCGGCACUGAGCCGCCACAUAUUUCUUUUCUUAUGAAGUUUGACAACAGUGAUGAUGAUGCAAAUCGAGCUUUAUAGAUAUCAUGGAAAAUAAAACAAACGAUGAGUGAGUGAGUAGACUGAACACACAAACUCACUUUUAAUGUGUUUUUGCACAUUUGAUACAAGAAAAAUCCCUAGGCGUGAGACCCUCGGAGGAGGGCCACAGCAGAUCCCCUAUGCUAUUUUUCGAUAUUGCCUUCUGACGUGUGUAUUAAACUCUUGUCCUAGCCA